AUGGAGCAUCACGGGGAAUGGCCGGUAAAGCCCGGCGCUGCAGAUCUGCCAUGGGCAUAUGAACUUCGAUCUUCUGAAGGAUUUGCAAUUUUUGCGGUGGCAGUUGCAAUGUUUGUGAUCGUUCCAAUAAUUCCCAAAGUACUAGGAAACCUUGGAAAUUUACCUACAGACGAAGUUCAAACAUGGGUUGCCAUUCUACUUGCUUCAUAUGGAGCUACUUUAAUCAUUGGAUCUCUUAUCUUCGGAUAUAUAUCAGACCAUUCUAGUCAACGUAAACCGGCUUUUUUAAUAGGAUUGAUAUCCAUGGCUGGCGCAGUCACGCUAUUCAUCGUCUCAACCUCACCUCCAGUGCUAGUAAUUGCGAGGCUUCUCCAGGGUCUUGCCGCGGGCGGUGUAUGGGUGGCUGGACUUGGCCUUAUUGCGAAUACAGUCAGCAAAAACCGCAUUGCGGAGGCGAUGGGCCAUGCAGCUCUGGGAAUGACAUGGGGAGGCCUUCUUGGUCCGCUUACUGGAAUAAUUUAUGAUGAAUUUGGAUACCACGCUUCAUUUGCAAUUCCAUUAUCGCUGCUGGGAUUAGAUAUGAUCCUACGUUUUGCUAUCAUCGAAGGACGUUCGGAAGAUUGCCUAUCCAGUGGUUAUAAAGCAUGUCCGGGAGACUCGUCUGAGACAACUCCAUGUCUUGCAGAUGACGACAAUAAUGACCAGGCCACUCCUUGCCAAUCUCCCUCACGGUUAGAUUCCGAGGCUCAACAAUUAAAAGCUACUACAUCCCAAUACCGCUUGCCGCCGAUGGUACAGCUUCUUCGAAAUCCAAAAAUACUAGUUACCCUCCUUGAAAUAGCUGUUGCAGCCUCUAUCCUGUCCGCCUUCGAAGCGACCCUGCCAAUAUUUGUAAUACGGCGAUUCGGUUGGGGCUCAGCUGGAGCUGGACUGAUAUUCCUCUCCAUAACUGUUCCUAGUACUGCUGGCAUUCUCAUUGGAAAGCUCGCAGAUAAAGUUGGCACGCGUUACUUUUCACCCCUUGCGUUCCUGCUGGCUGGCCCUGCGAUCUUCCUUAUGCGCUAUGUGACGGAACCGAGCAUAAUGAAUAUCAUCUUACUGGUUUGUCUCCUAGCCUUGGCUGGGUUCUCUGUUGUGAUCAUAGAAGUAAUCACAAUGACGGAGGUGUUCCACUCAGUUAGAGAUGCCGAGAAAAAUACCCCUGGGGCAUUUGGCCCACAUGGAGCUGUUGCUCAAGCUUAUGCAAUUCUGAAUAUAUCGUUUGCAUGCGGUCAGUUUGCAGGCCCGCUAAUUGCGGGGAUGCUGAAGGAUGGCACAGGCUGGCAGGGUAUGACACUUGCUCUCUCCUUGUGCUGUCCUCCCAUGGCUCUUUUUGUCGGAUUGUUCAAUUGGUGGACACAAGUAUCUACACCAGCUGUAGACUUGGAUGAAUAA